UACGCCUGGUCUGCUAGUUUAAACGUAUCCCAGAAGGGACGUCUCGUGUCACCGUGUCUCCCACCCAACCAGUGCUGCUCGAGCUCUUCGGGCCUCGAAUCCAUCCAACGUGUCAAAAUAAGCAACUGUCAUAUGUAGGGCGGUCUUUCUCACAGCCGUCAUUUGCCUGUAGUGCGCUCUAGGCAUCAAAGCUACUUCGCUAUGGCCGACAAACUUCCGUCGAAGCCCUUGUUGAAGCUGGCCUGUUAUCCGCACCAUCAACCCUUUCAUCUACGUCCACAUCGUCCAUGGCACUAGCAUGCAGUCGCGCUUGAUUGAGAACGAUGACGUCCUACGCGAGGUGUUCAAGUUUCUGGACCCCUCCACGACCGAAGACCCACGUUGCAGCGAUCCCACCGAGCACGAAAAUAGUUGUCGAAGAGCACUUGCCCGGUCCGCUCGUGCGUCGAAGGUGCUAUCAGAGCAUGCUCUGAGCGUGCUCUGGCGGAAGAUAGAAGGCCUGCUGGAUAUCUUCAGCAUCUUGCCGCCGUUUAAAGGGAGUUGGUGGAGCCUAGCGGCGACGACGAAGGACAUCAUGACGAUGGAUCGCACAGCAAAAAGGGCUCUGCAGCGGUUCAUCGGUCCUAUCGCGCCCACGGACUGGCAGCGAUACCAACAAUACACCCAACGCGUACGCGUACUUUCUCUUGCCUGGACUCCAGGCAAGGUCGAUCCAGCUGUGUUCUCCGAUAUCUCCCGACUCAGUGCCGGAGGCCCUCUCUUCCCUGGCUUGAUAGAGCUGGACAUCCAAACGUACGACCACCUCGAGGACAUACCGUCGAGUCUCAUAUCGCCAUCCCUCCGCAGGCUACACGCCACUGACCUGGGUGAUGUCCUCGGCGACCCACUGACUAAGCCUCCGCACCCACCACUCGCAGAUCUCGUACGCGCCGCGUUCGUGGUCGCCCGACUGCUGGAGGAAGUCAGCAUCCAGGGCUCCAAUGUCGGACCCUUGGAGAACCUGCUGCCCAUGGCGGAACCUCGCGUGCGAUCACGACUCCUGAACGUCUGGUCGCGUAUCAAUUCUCUGGUUGACCUCGCCCUCGAGGUCCCCUCUGACGACUCCCCUGUGAUAGAAUCGCUGGAAUUCGAUCGACUCCAUUGCCUAACAGCUCGGGGCAAUCUACAGAAUCUGGGAGAGCUGUUUUCCCAUAUCUCUGCCCCAACCCUCAACUACCUCCGCAUCCAGAUACAACAGCCUCCGGGACACAGUCGCGAACGUGAGGGGAGGUUCAGCUCGACGCUGCGACACUUCGACCUCGCUUCGUAUUGUGACGUGCAUGGUCGAGGGGAACGAUGGCCUGAGCAGCCCCUCAUUGAUUUUAUCCGACCGUUACUGGACAUGCAUCUCCUUCAAGUCGUGUCCAUCACACCGCCGAGGUGGUGGUCUAUCACCCUGUCAGAUGAAGCCGUCCACGACAUCGCGACUGCAUGGCCGCAGCUCACCUCACUCCAGAUCUACCUCCUCAAUGCCCACUCAACCGCCACUUGGGAGAGCCUCGUCGAGCUCGCGAGUGCAUGUCACCACCUGAGGACGCUCCCUGCCCUCUCGCACCCCCUCGAAGUGCUCACGCUCGACUAUUCCUUCGGCCACAACCAAAUGGACGACUCGCACAAGUUCGCGCAGUUCCUCGAUCGCAUGUUCCCGAGCCUCGACCUUGGCGCGUCCGUCAUCCGAAGGGUGGACAUACCCGGAGGCCAGCGUCACCCUCUCUGCAGAGAGGUCAUGGAGCUUCUGCGAAACUUCCAACAAGCUAGAGAACGUCAAAUUCCAUCGGGCGGGAAGCAUGCCAUGGUAAAGAUUAAGCAGUCUCGUUGACUGCUGCCCGCAGGAUGCUCAUAGCGUCUUGAACUAGGUGUCGUCGCGCGCUGCGCAGACGGUGUAGGUUGGUAUGCAUCCAGUCGAUGAAUCCAGGCCGUCCACAGAAACGGAUUCACGGCGUUAUGUACAAGGUUCACGCCCCAUUGGUUAACAGAACAGAAAGUUGUACUCUCAGCCUCGUCCGGUGUAUUUCUACAGCGUUGAAUGUAAGCGUCCGCGUCGGAUCAAUAUUGUAUGCAGUCAGUAGCUCUUGACGCGAAUGCGGCAAAGACAAGACAGCUCCUCGACUCCCAAUGUGAACUUCUGAGGCGUUUUGUGUAUCAAACGUCCACGACGUCAGUGUUCUUGUGAUGCGGUACUGGCAGGCCCAUGCACCCAGGGUU